GUUAUCAGUCUCAGAGAUAGAAAUUACCCAGACAUCUCUACUUUCUGUUCCAAUUCAUUUCUGGGGACAAAGCUACAUUUUCUAGUUGAGUAGAAGGCUUUGAUUCACAAGAAACAGGACCUACCCUCUCUGCCCAGGGGCAGAAAGUCCAUAGAGUUGUGUCAGCUUGAAAUAUUUUCUCCAGAGAUGAACGAAUGUCAUAAUUACAAACUCAAACCAACAAAGAGGGGUGCUUCUCAAGGGUGGCCGAAACAAAGAUCUGCACUACCUACCAGGCAACCCAGAGAGAAUGCUAUCAUAAGAAGAAAAUCCUCUAUAGAAGAACUCAAAAUAUCUCCAUUGUUCGUUCGCCGAGUCAUUGCUGCAGCCAUGGCAAUACGCUUCGUUAUUAUCACACUGAUAUGGUUUGCCAUUUUCAUAACCUUGUUAUGCAACAAUGAGGUUCCAAUUUCUUCAAGAGAAGGUUACUGUGGCCAAUGCCCUAACAACUGGAUAUAUUAUAGAAACAACUGUUACCAUUUUUUUAAUGAGAGAAAAAACUGGAACCAGAGUCAAGCUUCCUGUUUGUCUCAAAAUUCCAGCCUUCUGAAGAUAUACAGUCACGAGGACCAGGAUUUCUUGAAGCUGGUAAAGUCGUAUCACUGGAUGGGACUAGUCCAGACCGAAGCAAAUGGCUCCUGGGAGUGGGAAGAUGGCUCCACUCUCUCACAAGACCAGUUAACAGUGGUGGAAAUGCAGAGCGGAUCCUGUGCUGUCUAUGGCUCAAGCUUUAAGGCCUACACAGAAAACUGUUCAGCUCAAAACACAUACAUCUGCAUGAAGAAGGCAGUGUAAGAACUUCAUUAACCAUCGUAGCAACAGCCAGGACAAGAGAAGGAAUUAUCCCAGGAUAAACUGGGACUGAAAAUAAAAGAGACAGAACAUAUGUCCAACACAAAACAGCAGGCCUAUGCCUUGCAGAAACAAGCCACAGAAUGAUUAGCUGAACAUUCUGUGUCCCUUAAAACAAGGGAAGCUAACUCAAAGGUCAUCAAGGCUACCAUUCACACCAUUCUCCAAUCUGACUAGCAUUAGGAGAAGGAGGCAAGGAGGAGCCUUGAUUUCAAAAUGAGACCAACACAUAGGGGAGCUGUGAGAGUGGGAGAGAGCGGCCCCAUAGGAGCAUGGCAGUGUAAGCUCCAGCACUAAACAAAACUGCAUGCUGAGUGGGACCGCAACAGAGAACCACAGGGUCAUCGACACUGUACCCAGCAUUGCUGCCAUCCCAGCGGUUCAAGAAAGGAGGCUUCUGUCUGGUAGGGCACAGUUUGAGUAAGGGCAAGCAGAACUGCUUUUGGAACUUGAAGAUCUCGUAGAGUUUGCCUUGUUGAUUUUUGUGCUUUCUUGGGACUUCACUCCUUUUUUCUUUUAUUUUCCUGUUGAGAUGGCAAUGUCUACUGAAGACCAGUCCCACCACUGUAUUUUGAAAAUAAAUGGCUUGUUUCACUUUACAAGUCAUAACUACAAAAGAAUUUUGACUGUCUGAAUCACAUUUGACUUGGGUCAAAUUUAGAUGAGUCCUUGGACUUGAAGUUUGAAAGGUGACAGGGUGACGCUGGCGGGAAUUGAAAGCUCUGCAGUGGUUAAGGUGAAAUGGGUAAGAAAAUGAAUUUCUGAGACCAUGGGUAUAAUGUUGUACACUGAAUAUUUAUGUAUGUCCAAAAUUCAUAUUGAAUCCCAACUCCCAGUAUUCUUUUAAUACUAGGACAUAAGCAUUGGAACAUUACAUCUUAAGUCAUGAGAGUGAAGCCUUGUGAGUGAGAUUAUCACUUAAGAAAACUUAAGAAAACAGAGACUUCUCUCCUUUUUGGCUACAAGAGAAUACAGGAAACUUCUGAUGUACAACAUAUAAGAUGCCCUCACCAAACUCAAUAGAUGCUUUUACCCUGGUAUAAG